CCACGCAUUUGCCAUAACAUUAGGCAUGGUGGAGUUUCCAUAAAAUAUGCCAAGUUCUGCAAGAGCUCCGCCUCUCUGGAUCAGCUGACGCUGCCAGGUUUGUGUUGUGACAGGAGGAGGAGGUGGCGGUGGAGGAGGAGGAGAAGAGGAAGAAAAAGACAGCGGAGAGAAAGCGGCUCGUGAGCCGAGAUGGAUGGCUUAGGGGAGAAGAAGCCCUGGGGGAAGCUAAGUAGAUUGUUGGGAGCUGAGACGGAAUCCUCAUCUGAACUGUUUCUCUACAAAAAGGAAUGGACAAUAGGCAGAAAGAAAGCUUGUGACCUGUCUUUCCCUGGAAACAAGUUAGUGUCUGGAGAACACUGCAAAAUUACAGUGAAUGAAGAAUCUGGUAGUGUUUCCUUAGAGGACACCAGCACAAAUGGCACAGUAAUCAACAAGCUGAAAGUGGUAAAGAAGCAGACAUACCCCUUGAAAAAUGGUGAUGUGAUCUAUGUUGUUUAUAGGAAAAAUGAGCCAGAACAAAAUGUUGCUUACCUAUACAAAUCCUUAAACCAGGCAGAAGAUAGUAUGCAGAAUCCAGCAGAUACCUCAGGUUCAGAGGAAGCUGACACUCAGACUUUGUCAUCUCAAGAUGAUCAGCUGUCAUAUGAGGAACCUCAGCCGUCCACUUCCACAUCCAGUCUCUUCAGCACACCUACUACCUCUGCAAGUGAGCCAGCUUGCACUCUCUUGUAUAAGUCCCAGGCAUCAGUUCCUGGGGUACAGCUUGAAAGUGGUGAGAAGUCUGGGGAAAGUCUUGAAGGACACAGCUCCACAUCGGAUGCAACAGCACAUGAGAAGGGAUCUUUAGGUCCUCCAAAAAAGAGAAUGAGAACAGAGGACCUCUGGACGGGCAACAAAAAUCUUGUUUCUGCAAGUUGUUCCAAAGGAGCAAGCGAUGAAAGCAAGACACCAAGUAUGAAGCCAGAUAAGAUGGAGGAAACGCUCACCUGUAUAAUCUGUCAGGAAUUGCUGCACGACUGUGUCAGUUUGCAGCCAUGUAUGCACACUUUUUGUGCUGCUUGUUAUUCUGGUUGGAUGGAACGCUCUUCCCUCUGUCCUACCUGCCGCUGCCCUGUUGAACGUAUCUGUAAAAACCAUAUACUGAACAAUUUGGUGGAGGCCUAUUUGAUCCAGCAUCCAGAGAAAUGCCGCAGUGAGGAAGACAGGUGUAGUAUGGAUGCACGGAAUAAGAUUACACAAGAUAUGUUGCAGCCAAAGGUACGUCGGUCGUUUUCUGAUGAAGAAGGGAGCUCUGAGGAUCUGCUGGAGCUUUCUGAUGUGGAUAGUGAAUCUUCUGAUAUAAGCCAGCCUUAUACUGUAUGCAGACAGUGCCCUGGAUAUGUCCGCCACAAUAUUCAACCCCCACCAUAUCCUCCACCUUCUGACACAGAGGCUUCACGUACUCAAGGAGAUGCCCCUUCUACCUCUACUAACUUUCCUACAGCUACCCAGGAAUAUGUGUGCCCUUCUCAUGGAAGCCACGUGAUCUGCACCUGCUGCUUCCAGCCGAUGCCAGACCGAAGGGCAGAACGGGAGCACAACUCUCAUGUGGCACCUCAGCAAUGCACUAUAUGUUUGGAGCCCUUCUGUCACAUGUACUGGGGAUGCAACCGGAUGGGUUGUUUUGGGUGUUUAGCUCCAUUCUGUGAGUUGAAUCUGGGAGACAAAUGUUUGGAUGGAGUUUUAAAUAACAAUAACUAUGAAUCUGACAUCCUUAAGAAUUACCUGGCAUCCAGGGGACUCACAUGGAAAGAUAUGCUGAAUGAAAGCUUGUCAGCUGCUCAGAGAGGGGUGUUUAUGCUUCCUGAUUACAGGAUAAAUGGAACCACUGUACUCUGCUACUUCUGCGGGCUGCGGAACUUUAGAAUUCUAACAUACCAGUACAGACAAAACAUCCCAGCUUCAGAGCUACCAGUGACUGUUACUUCUCGGCCAAAUUGCUAUUGGGGGCGGAAUUGCAGAACUCAGGUUAAAGCUCACCAUGCUAUGAAAUUCAAUCACAUAUGUGAACAAACCCGCUUCAAGAACUGAUAACUGGCAAUGCUUGAACUAUCUUGCGCCUCUUUAAAGUGGGAUCAAAACAAAGAAACUUUCCCUUGGGACUGUGUUUUAGCCUUCUCUCUAAAGUCAUAGAGAGACUACCCUGCUCAUCACGAUGUCCGUGACCUCAACGUAUACAUUAUAACCCUCCGUUCUAAUAACUUUGUUAUAUAGUGGGCCUUUACUUGUCUUUCACCUCCAUAGCUCUCACGUCUGCCCAAAUUAAUGUGUAAGCGUCACAUUUCUGUUUUAUAAGCUGCAGCUUGUGUUAAAUAUAGAGGGCACCAGAUGUGCUUAUUCCACAGUUGCAUCGGGCUAUGCAAAGUGUAUGACAUUAGGCCCAUUUUUAUCAGCUCUCAUUGGAGUAACUGUAGCCCAUUGCCAGUUGUCUGUAUAUGUGUGAUGGGCAAAAUAUAAACUGUUUGAUAUGAUUUUUUUGGACUUUUUUAAUUAGUAAUGUGUUUCUACUUUAUAUAUAUAUAUUUACCAGUGAAGAAACAUCUUCCUUUAAUGUUGUGCCUAUGUCAGCAGCAGCCCCAUGUACUAAAGCCUAAGCCACACUGCCUGGCAGUUUUCUUUUUUUUCAUGUCUGUUCUAGCUUAGACCCAAAGUAGUCUAAAUGCAUCCUAUUCCUUCAAAUGGCUUGUUCGCACAUGCCCAUAGCUGGACAGCUAUUGCUCACAUAACUUUCUCCAGAGACUUACUGUAAAAUACAGAGUAUCAUUUGGAUACCCGACAGGCUGCUGACUGAAUGGAAGCAAUGAAAGAGGUGCUGCUUCUAUCACAUUCACACUUAGAAUGACACUCAGUGAAAGAUUUAGUAAAAAAAAAAAAACUAAAAUUCAAAUUAUGGUUCAAAAACUUGAAUGUCUAGUAUUUAUUAAGGUAAAAAAAAACAAAAACUCAAAUGUAAAAAUUUGCCAUUUUAAAACUUGCGAGUUUCUAUAGAAGUCCGUGGGAGUUGUCCGAGGCAAAGGCAAAGUAUUUGCAAACUCGAUUGUUUUGAGUUUGUAAAAUCGAAAAACCUGAGGUAUUCGAACCUCAAACCUGAGGUAUUUUCUUUAAUAAUAAAAAAGCGAGCAUUCGAUAUGUGAGUUUUUUCAAUCUAGAAAAACAAACUUGAAUUCACUAACUGGAAAAUUGAUAAAUAAGCCCAUUAAACAUGCAGCUAUAGUAUGUAAUACACACAUCCAGCUGUGUGUGGUGGUGGAAAGAGUUAGAAUGAUUGCUGCUAGUAUUCAUGUAGAAAGUAUGUAACAUGUAUGGGGAAUGCUGCAGUACAGUGAUAGGCAACAUUGCGUGUGACCCCUGACUGCUCAUAUCUGGGCACAUCACAUCCAUAUUGUAACAUAUCCUUUUUUGUGCACUUUGUUGUGGGUCCCCAGGAUGGUGGCUGUGACUAAGUAUAAAGGUUCUAAUAUGUUGUAACAAUCAUCGCUGGCCCAUAAUGUUCUGUAUAAUUUAACAUGAUGUUUGUACUUUCCAGUGGCUACAACUUAUCAUGACAUUGCUGUAUGUGUUACUUGGCCAAUAUAUGACUAUUUAUGCUCAAUAGCCUGUUGGACUGUUUGGCACUCCAGCAGAGCAAGGGUAAACUACAACUCUAAGAAUAAAAGGUACAGUUGUUAGCUGCCUGGCAGUGCCAUGUUCCAAGGUUCGAUUUCAACCAGUAUGGACUCCCCAUGCUUAGGGUAAGGGCACACAGGCUGACAAUAUGUACAUACCAUGGGCCUGCACCCUAAAGGAUUGAAUCUGCCUGGGUGCAGGCACAACCAGCCAAUAUCCUCCAACUAACGCAAGACUUGGCAUUUGUGAGGGUGAGGCCUGUGUGACCUUACCCUUAGGUUUCCUCCCAUUACCAAAACAUACAGGCAGAUUACCCUGCUCAGUUACCAUAGUGAAUACAUGUGAUAGGGACCUUGGUCGAAGACAAGGACUGAUAAAUUAAAUCUAUCUCUGUAGAGCACUGCAGAAUAUGUUGGGCUACACUAAAGAUUGAUUCAAUUACCCUAUAAAAUAAACUUGUAAUUGGAGUGCAAACAAUUGGUUGUACAGGAUGGUGGAGCACUCUGUUGUUUCAGGUUUAAUAAUGUUACCCAGACCCUGUUUUGCCCUAGUAGUUUAUUGGGUAACAUCCCUUAUCAUUCUGAGGUUAUAUAGUGUUGCAAUGGCAUGUGUUUUCUAGGGGUGCAGUCAUUUUCAGUGCAUUUCUUGAACUUCGGUUAAUAUUAUAGAAGUAUAACAGGUGAGAAGUGGUUAAAAGAAUAACAAAUGAAUUAAAAGUCAUACAAUAAAGGGCAAACAUUUAUAAUAACAAAUCUGACAAUAUAUUUGUAUUUCUCUGUCUCACACGUGCAGUGGUAUCCUGCUUAGGUAAUGGCACAUGUGUUGGUUUCUGUGUAAUUGGCACCACAUUAAUGGCAUCCACUUGUACAAACCUUACCUGAGCAUCGUCACUGAUGCACAAUGCACUGCACUCAAGGCAGGCAAUAAGUAUAGGGCUUCCUUGCACUAGAUGUGCCAACAAAGGUGCACAUAUUGCACUAUACUGAGGCUCAAAUCAGUGAUGCCUAAAGGGGUGUAAAUGUGCAGUCUGUACCACAACAGCACUUACAAUUAUGUUAUCUUUAGCAAGCCUUCUUCUCUUACAUAGGCCAGCACUACGUCCUCUACAGGCCAUGCUUACCUUGCAUUUCCCUUUAGCGGAAGCAGAUUAGCAGCAAACAUAAGAAAUGAACUAUGGUUUACAGGACCUUUUCUUUCAUAUUCCGAGCAUGGUAUCGGCCAUAACUGUAACUAAGAAUGUUCUUCCUCUUUUUAUAACUUGUGCUUGCAGCAAAAUAAAUUCUUUUAAGCAGUCA